ACUGCUCAGUGGAGGCACCGAGUGAGUGAGGCACACAGCGAUAAAGAAAAGACAGAGAUCAGAGGAGGGCAAAAGUGAAAAAGUGGAGGUAGAGCCAAGAGGAAAUAAAGGACAUGUGACAUGGAUUACUUUACAGAAACUACCUGAACAGGCACAUUUCUGUGUUAUAUGGGAGCAGGAAACAAGACAAAUACCUGCGGAGAUGGGAAGCACAGCCCCCCCAGUGUACCUCAAUGUGAGUGCCGAGAUGAUCAACUCAUCAUCAGUCCCGCCAGGGCAUGACGACGGCUACAGUGAGCCAAUAAUGAUUCUGCUGGGCAUGAUCAUGUCCCUACUCGUCCUCUGCAUUGUCUUCGGCAACAUCCUGGUCAUUACAGCAAUCGCCCGCUUCCAGCGUCUGCAAAAUGUCACCAACUGUUUCAUCACGUCCCUGGCCUGUGCUGACCUGGUCAUGGGUCUGAUCGUGGUUCCUUUCGGUGCCUGUUACAUCAUCUUUAAGACCUGGCAUUUUGGUAGUUUCUGGUGUGAGUUCUGGACUGCGACUGACGUGCUCUGUGUGACUGCGAGUAUCGAGACCCUGUGUGUCAUAGCCAUAGAUCGUUAUUUAGCCAUCACCUCUCCAUUCCGCUAUCAGUCCAUGCUGACUAAGUGCAAGGCUCGCAUUGUGGUUGUGCUGGUGUGGGUGAUUGCUGCUUUGAUAUCUUUCUUGCCCAUCCACAUGAAGUUGUGGACAUCAGAUGAUAAGGAAGCUAAGGAAUGCAUCGAGGACAGUCAGUGCUGCGAGUUCACCACCAACAUGGCUUAUGCCAUCACGUCCUCCAUAAUCUCCUUCUACAUCCCUUUGAUCAUCAUGGUUUUUGUCUACAGUCGUGUGUUCCAGGAGGCCAAACGACAGCUGAAGAAGAUUGACAAAAGUGUUGGGCGAUUUCACAACAGUGACAGCAGCACCACCAAAGCUGUGGAGGUCAACAAUGGGCGUGCCCAGAAGAAGGUUAAGUUUUGCCUGCGCGAACAUAAAGCCCUAAAGACACUGGGCAUCAUCAUGGGGAUCUUCACUCUGUGCUGGCUCCCCUUCUUUCUGCUCAACGUGGUGGUGGCCAUAUGGAAGGUGGGAAACAUUGAACUCACCUUCAGGAUACUCAACUGGAUAGGGUACGCAAACUCUGCCUUCAACCCGCUCAUUUACUGCCGGAGUCCAGAGUUCAGGUAUGCCUUCAAAGAAAUCCUCUUCAUGAAGAGGAACCGCCUCAGCAACUCGGGGCCUGUGAAUGGAUACAUCUUCAACAGGCACAGCUGGCAGAGCGAGCAGCAGGGCAGGAGUAAGGGCAGCUCGGAGGACAGUGAAGCCAAUGAAGCGUGUUUGGGGAAAGUUGCAGGGGUCUGUGAUGUUGUAGACACAGCAGUGGACCCUAAUGGAAAUUGCAGCAAAGACCUAGCAACUGUUACGACUGUCCUUUAAACUUGAAUCAACAAGUUGGACCAGACAUGUUUACACUGUUUUUUGCCAGCUGACUUUCAAAGGUAAGGCCAGUCACACGACUGACAGAGAAUGUGGGGACUGCCUUAAAGAAACUGUCGUGAUGGACCUGAUUUUUUUUCCUCUUUAGAUACUGUAGGAGCUCACUUUUCCUUUUGUUACAUUCAUUAUUUAGAUUUUACAUCUACCUCAUCACAUCUUCUAUUUUGUUUCUUUCUAAAACUCAAGGGCAGUUUCUCCUCUGUUUAUUUGCUCAACCAAAUGGUCUGUGGAAUAUAUAAUAGAUAAUUGUCUUACUCAAACUGAAGAGCUCAAAUCUGUAAAAUCCCUUUGAGCAUGCUGAUCUGUCACGGAUAGUUGUACAUAGAUUAUAAUUGUUAAAAAAAACAGUAGGGUAUUGAGAUUAAAAGGUAAUACCUCUUUUUUUUAUUUAAAUACAUUCCGGUUCAAACUACAACCUUUUCUUUGCCUCAUUUACUUUCCAGGUGUGUUUUUUUAAUGGACUGCCUGAGUCCAGAAGAAGAUCAGAACUGGGUGUGGCAGAACUUCUGUCCUCACUCUUCAGCAAUGUAGUGAGGCCCUUGUGUUUUACAGCCUGUUGCAUGGGAGUUUCUGUUGCCAGCAGAUAAUACUAGACAUAUGGAUUCUCACAGUUAUCUCCCUGUAACUGAUGCACACUGAGAAACUGCUGGAUGUAUUCUUUCACGCCUUUUUAAAUAUUCACAACAGGGUGAUAAAUAGAAGUACAAUUUGGUACAUUAUGUAAACUUUACAUAAGCAUAAGCGUAAGUGUUUAGUGUACUUGUAGUUGUAUAAGUGGUUCCAAUUGCUGCACAAACCAUGCUUCUUCAUGUGCUGUGUUUCACAAUGUACAGUGUUAACUGAAACCAGAGAAGCUAUUUCCUUAGCUGUGGCAUAAAGGGUACAAACCUCAAACAACAAUAAACAGCCUGUUGAAAUAGCCAAGUGAUAACAGGAUUCCAGCACAGUGGUGGUGACUAGUCAGGCCAAUAAACAGAGAUGAGGAAAAAAAAAAGAAAAAAGAGAGAGAAAGAAAGAAAAAGUGCACCUUUGUCACUGCUCCCUGAAAUUUCCCAGAGUCUCCUCACUGUAAACGGAUGUCUGGAUAUUUACCAUAUCAGUAAAACAUCUGAAUAAGAGACUCCACUAGAGGAUCCACUGAGCAGGGCCUCAGCUGCUCCAGUUGUUGCUCCUCUAGAUGUUUCUUGGUGUGCAGUCUCCAGGAAAUGCCCUCAAUUAAGCUGAGCCCAGCCCAGUAAACCCAAAUAAAUCCAUGAUGUUUGCUGUUUAGCUGGACAAUCAGAUAAGUUGUGACGAAGCACAACACUGAUUUUCGGGUUGGGGUGAGACGGGUUUCUUAUCAUCCAUCUUAAGACUCCUGGGAAUGUUACUCCCUGACCUCAGCAAUGGACACUUAGCAGGCAUUAGAGCUUUAAUUGGUGAAUUCAUUCCACCUUUUCUUGCACCAAAUGGCUUGAAGCAACAUGACUCUUAAGAGCAGCGGUGGAGGCUCUUGCUCCUCAACCCAGUCACUUUAGCAAUC